AUGGAUAUCAGCCCAUUCUUAUAUGACAACUUACCUUAACCUUAAGAGAACAAUUAUUUGAUACAAGAAGAAUGCCAUCAAUACCUUUCUAAAUUGAAUUUCAAUAAGACUUUAUUUAGAAUGCAGAGUCCUGAACCUUCUAUUCAGGAUGAUUGCUUCGAGAAUGAAAAUGAAAAAUCUUAUGAUGUCGAUUUUGCUGAUUUCAACCAUCUCAAUCACCAAAGAAAUCUUACUUCUGAUGAUGAGGAAGAAAUCUAAUGUUCUAAGAAGAAUCAAAAGGCCAGAAAGUUAAGGAAAAAGAGCAAAAACCGAGAGGGACCCCUUUCGGAGAAAGAAUUUAUAGAAAUAAUGAAAAAACUGGACUAGUGCCAUUAAAUUAUGAGUAUGAUUGACAACAUGUCGAAAAUUGUAAAUACAUUUAAGCUGUAGUUACAGAAACAAAGUAGUUUAAAUCUUAAGUGA